AUGGAAGACAUAUUCGUGACCACGCAAUUCAAAUCAACUAAUGCCUCCGUCCCGUCACCGACCGCAACGCAUGUCGCAUGCCUCAACGGCGCACGUCUGCAAAUACGAUGCCUCACCACCUUGGAAAUCGUGCGGAGUAUCGCAAUAUCUUCAAGUCAAGAUCUGAGAAGCUCGAGAAUCGCCUGGUCACCACCAACCACACCGCCAUUGACCUCUUCCACGUCGAAACCCUCACCCAACUCAACACCUCCCCGCCGAUCGUCGCGUACGCCACGGCCUUGCUCAAACCGCGUCCUCCUAUGUGAUGACGACACAACGCGCGUAUACGAUCUUCGCGAUGAGAGAUGGAACGCUGUGAUCAGCAAUGGCUCAGGUGGCAUGGGCAAGAAUGUACAUGCCGAGUUCGGCGCGAAUGAAGACGAAGUGCUUAUCUGGAGUGACUUCACCGCAUGCGUCAAGAUAUGGUGUCUGAAGACUGGGAGGGCCGUGGAAAUACGUGAUCCAAAAUUCUUGGGUAAAGACGGCAAGGGGUGGGGAUAUCGACCUUCCGAGGAUGCGUUAUCGAAAGGCGGAAGAGCAAGAGGGUGUGUUUUGGCAUUAUUAUGUCGCGCAGCAGGCGCUGAUAUUCUACUGCUUCUGGCGCCAGGCACAUACAAGCUUCUCAAUCGCGCCGAGCUUACGACAACCGAUGCAGUAGGUCUACGAUGGAGUCGCGACGGCCGCUGGCUGGCCGUCUGGGAUGCGGCCUCUGCUGGCUAUAAACUGCAUAUUUACACUGCCGAUGGACAUCUGUAUCGCACCAUAACUCGCGAGCCCUCGGACGACGCCAGCGAGUGGGAAGUCGAAGGCUUAGGCAUCAAGACUCUUGAAUGGCUACCUGGAAACGAACGUCUAGCAAUUGGUGGCUGGGACCGUCGCGUCCGCAUCCUCUCUACGCGUACCUUCGCACCCGUCGUCUUCCUCGAUCAUACACCCGUCAUCGAUGUACCCAGUGCACCUGUACACAGCGAACAUAUCGAUAGUCAAGCCAAUCGCAGCUACACAACCACUCAACAGCCCGUCACCCCUCCCAAAGCUGCUCUGGAGAAGAACGAAACAGGACUAAUGAAGCAAGGGAUCGGGAUGUUGACUUUCAACGCAGACGGCACAUUAUGCGCAACGCGCGACGACAGCACACCCUGUACAGUGUGGAUCUGGGAUUUGACAAUCCUCCGACCACGAUGUAUAUUAAUCCAACAUAGCCCAGUUAAGAACCUGCUCUGGCACCCCACCGAUCCCAACCGUUUACUCAUUCAAACAACGCAAGACGAACCUACCGUAUAUCUCUACACAGCUGCCUCGCCUCACAUACCCAAGUCUUCAACCUCUUCCUCCUCAACAGUCCAUGCAUCAUCGCAUUCCCACCAACAUCCCCCAGCCAUCCUUACCCUAUCCCAUCAAAUCACCAAACCAGCCGGCUCAGCACCACCUCGCUGGACGACAUCCUGGCUCUUGACCCUUCCGGACAAGAAACCGGCGAUUAUCUUCGGUCAUCAACAAGCUCAUGUACUGGUCUGGCCAGAGGGGAAAGAUAAGAUUCUGCGCUUUGAACAUGAGGAUGAGGAUGAGCAAGGGGAUUCGGAUGAUAGCUUGUUUGAUAUACUUACGGGGCGGACGCCGAUACCCGAGUUGAGCGUGAGUAGGAUUGAGGCUGGGGGGGAUGGAGAGACGGAGGGGGAACAAAUGGAAGACGAGGAUGGGUUUGGGUAUGGGGAUAGUGUAGGGACGGUGCAGGGGUUGGAUGAUACAUUCAGAGGGAAGAGGGGGCAGGAGUAUAUAGAUGAUGAAAGGGAAACAGGGGGCAGGGAGCCAAGUCUUUACGAAGAAGGAGUAUUGGGUGAGAGCGGUAUGAGUGAGAUGUUUUGA